CAGAAGCUAAAAACUUUAAAAGAAUAAUAAUAAACAAACAUGCUAUUAUUAGUAGCCUUACUCAUCCUCUUCUAUAUAUAUCAACUCUUUUGCCUCUCAGUUUCCCAAUCUUACACUUCCACAUACAUACUCCUUCUUUUCUCAUAUAUCUUUCACUCUCACAUCAUCAUCACUAUUUAAUUCUGGCUCCGAUGGGAGACAAUGUUGUUGUGUCCAAAAUGGAACUUGAGAGGUUGCUUAGCAUGAAAGGAGGCAAAGGAGAAGCCAGCUAUGCCAACAAUUCCCAAGCUCAGGCCAUACAUGCCAAAUCAAUGCUUCACCUUCUGAAAGAAACCCUAGAUAGAGUUAAGCUUGGAGAUGCUGAUACACCAUUUGUGGUGGUGGACCUGGGUUGUUCAUGCGGAAGCAACACCAUCAAAGUGGUGGAUGUGAUCAUCAAGCACAUCAUCAAGCGCUAUGAGUCUUUAGGGUGCUUUGACCUACCUGAGUUUUCUGCUUUCUUCUCUGACCUUCCCAGCAAUGACUUCAACACUCUCUUUCAGCUCCUUCCUCCUCUUGCCAACUACGGUGUUAGCAUGGAAGAGUGCCUCGCUGCCAACAACCACCGCUCCUACUUUGCUGCCGGAGUUCCUGGCUCUUUCUACCGGAGGCUUUUCCCGGCCAAGUCCAUUGAUGUUUUCCACUCAGCCUUUUCUUUGCACUGGCUAUCUCAGGUCCCUGAGUCUGUAUUGGAUAAGAGGUCAAGUGCAUACAACAAAGGCAGGGUGUUCAUUCAUGGUGCUGAUGAGAGCACAACAAGUGCAUACAAAAAGCAAUUCCAAACAGACUUGGCAAGCUUCCUGAGCUCAAGGUCAGUGGAGAUGAAGAGAGGGGGGUCCAUGUUCUUAGUUUGCUUGGGGAGAACCUCAGUGGACCCCACAGACCAAGGUGGGGCUGGCCUUCUUUUUGGGACCCACUUUCAGGAUGCUUGGGAUGAUCUUGUCCAAGAGGGAUUAAUUAGCCGUGAGAAACGAGACAAUUUUAACAUUCCGGUUUAUGCGCCGAGCCUGCAAGACUUUAAGGAGGUGGUUGAAGCUGAUGGUUCAUUUGCCAUAAACAAGCUUGAGGUGUUCAAAGGGGGGAGCCCCCUUGUGGUGAACCAACCUGAUGAUGCUAGUGAAGUAGGCAGGGCUCUAGCCAACAGCUGCAGGGCAGUGUGUGGUGUGCUUGUUGAUGCUCACAUUGGUGACAAGCACAGUGAGGAACUCUUUCUUAGAGUAGAGCAAAGAGCUACAAAUCAAGCCAAAGAACUCUUAGAGAAACUUCAGUUCUUUCACAUAGUUGCAUCCCUUUCUUUGGUUCAAUGAAGAAAAGGAAAAAAAAAUGACACAAAAGAAAGAGAAAAGAGAGGUUCACCACUUCAAGCCUCUUGUUUUGUCCCUCUUUUGUGUGUUGUUUGUGUGUUACAUUGCUGACUGGCUGAAGUUACUUUCUACACAUAUUUUGCUAUUUCAGACUCUAUUAACGUGUUAGGAUUGGUGGUGACAAACAAUACGAAGCAUGGUAGCUCCAGAAGCUACACGUUGUAGCUUCUCAGCAGAAGUGAUUACGAAGCUUUCCACCGCUGAACCAAACACAUUAUAUGUUUCAUUGUAUCUGAACUAAUUUUGCUUUCCCAUAGCAUAUGAUAGUGUCCAUAUCUUGUGGAAGUUGUAUGAAUGGAAUGAUAUGCCUUUUGUAACUAACAAGCUGUGUUGUUGCAUAGCUAUUUGAUUGUAGUCACAUUUUCCUUUCUUAA